AUGCAGAUUUCGGCCCAAAAUCUGCGCCCAAUAUCACCAGAGCUCGAAGGACCAACAAGGGUUCCUUCAGCCAAUUUCUACCACUACAACGUCUCCUGCGAACCUGCCUCCUACAAGCUCACCUUCCCCGCAUCUGUACUUGAUCGACUCGGAACAGUACAAGAUAUCCGACGCUAUGCUGGCACCACAGUAGACUGGGUCAUCAAGGUCCCUCAUCUCAUCUGCGCCCCUUCCCGGACAGGCCAAAUAUACACUCAUACGACGGGCGCCGUGCGGGAUUGGUAUCAUAGGGAGAGAGGGCCUAAGUGGCGAGAGGUCGUCCGGGGCGAUGCCCUCCAGCCCGGAGUCUACGAAUUUGAGGCGAGUACCCUCAUCGCCUUGCAACCACUUUUCGUCGACGAAUACAAGUACGCGACAGUAGAUGCGUGGGUCACACUGUCCCCGACCGCCCUCGUUGUGUCUCACCUCAUCCCGAAACGUAUGGGCACGUCAGGGGCGAAAGCCGCUGUGGCCGAUUUCGUUGGAGCACAGGAAGCGCUCGUGGUUCACUAA